UACCUGACACCGCGAGAAUUACUAUACACGGCGUGAACCAUGGCGCUGAUAAGUGGUCUAUUUCACGAGGGCGAAGCUAAAACUAGGUUGGCAGAAGAACGCCGUGACCAAAAGUACGGCGGCGAACAGAAGGUCGACUCGAUGAUCGACUUGAGCGAGGAAUCCAUCCCAGGAGUCUUGAUGAAGAAGAUCGUCAGGCCAGGAAACGGGGAGCUACCUCCUGUGGGAAGCAGCGUGAGUGUACAUUACACGGGAAAGCUCAAGGACGGCACCGAAUUCGACACCAGCGCCGGUCGAGGCCCAAUAAAGUUUGCGCUGGGGAAAGGGGAAGUCAUACGAGGUUGGGACUACGCCGUGUCGACGAUGCAAAAGGGGGAGAGGGCAAUCCUUACCGUGGGGCCGGAGUACGGGUAUGGAGGAAGGGCGACGGGGCCGAUACCUGCCAACGCUACCUUGACGUUUGAGAUGGAGGUCAUGGGGUGGGAAAAGGCCCCUGUCUUUCAGAUUUACCAGUGGGCGGGGUUGAUAUUCAUGAUCGGUAUCGUCAUCUACGUGUUGUUCGUCGAUGACGAGGGCGACAUUUUGAGGAAAAGUCUCGAAUCCUCUCGAGAGUUGUAA